AUGAAGCUAUUUGCACGUCCUAAAUGCUUUUCCGAGAUUAUAGCACCGGUGACAACUGUCAACUGUAUAGUGGGACUUCGCGCUUUCGAAUAUCCUCGUGGUAAUCCGAGACCUAUACUCAGUCUGAUUUAUCUCGCGUUUAUUUACAUCACAUUUUGUUGUGGCAUAUUCAUACACCAAAAAAACUAUCCGGACUUUAGACUGAUGAAACUGGAAUAUGUUGUAUACAAAUUAACGACGUACAUCGUUCUAGUAUCUGUGAUAGUGAAAAUGUUACUAGGUUGGUGGCACACAAAGAAAUUUAAAGUUUGUCUCAAAAAGAUCUUUGAGAUCGAUGAAACGUUGCAACAGCUGGGACUGACGGUGAAUUAUGACAGAUUAUACUUCGUUAUGAUUGGAAUCAUAACUGUUUUGAUAACGUUUGUUUUGGUUAUAUGGAUAUGGACUAUGUUCAUUCACUUGCACACAAGCACGGAUGUAUUUACUUCAAUUUAUCUGCUACUCAUAAAGACGUAUUCGUUCAUCGUCAACUCUAUUAAUAUAUUCGAAUUCUUCAUAUUUGCAAAAUGCUCACAAAUAAAAUUUAAAUUGGUCAACCAACUUUUGCGCGAGAGCUUAACAGAUUUAUCCAAGGAAGAUAAGAAAUUAGGCAUUUUUGACAUGAAGGAUUAUGAGAGGAUCAUAGAUGUCGAGCAACAAAAGCAAGUUUUUUCCACAAAGAUGAUAUUCCGAAGGCGUCAGCGGGUGCAGACCGGAAUUAAUUUUUCUAUAUCGAAGAAGCGAGAUCCGGUCGUAUUUCAAACUGAAUCUCACUUUCCAUCUCAUGUCACAAAUCAUUUUCAAAGCGUACUCCAGAAUCCACCUCGAAGACACAAUACCACAAUAACAAAAUGUGAAAAACCUAAACAUCUUUUACAAGUAAUCAGACAGGUACACCUGAAAGUGUGUAAAGUAACGAAAAUAGUAUCCACUAUCCUUGGAGUACAAGUAGCUUGGGACAUAGGAGUGAUUAUGAUGGCUCUUAUCGUAUCUUUUUAUCAUUUGUAUAUUCGAUACAUUAUGAGCAAACACGAUAUAAAAUAUUUGACAGAACAGACGUUUGUGACGUUGUCAUUGUGUUCUUUUCACGUUAUGAAAAUCUUUACUCUGAAUCGCGUUUGCAAGAAUGCAGCUGAUGAGGGAAACAGAACCGCUGAAAUCAUUCAUUCGAUUUAUGGUUGCAAUACAGAUAUUGAUAUAAAGGAAGAAAUUCAACAGUUUGGCCUUCAAGUUUUGCAAAGCCCAGUGACAUUUUCUGCGUUUAGUCUUACUCUGGACAAUCGUGUCUUAAGCAUGAUUUUGAUGAUCCUGACGACCUACAUGGUUUUCGUGAUACAGAUGGGCAAUGAAUUGGAAUCGAAUAAUGCUAUACCUCAUGCACAAGUUUAA